AUGAAACAAUUAAGAGAUAACGAGCUAAAAACCGUCGAAGAAGAGAAAGAAGGGCUCGAAGAAGAGAAAAAAGAGCUUGAAGAAGAGAUUGCGAAUCUGGAAGAAAAGAAUGAUGAACUUGAAGAUAGAGUCGAAUCAAAAAAUUUAACGAUUGAGACGCUUCGAAAAUCCCUUUCACAAGUGGAAUCCGAAUUAAAAGAAGAAAGAACAUACGAGGAAGUUCUUUUCACCAAUUCUGAGCGUUUACAGGGCCUUGGUUUUUACUUUGGUAAAGAUGACGCCGAAACUCGACAGAGUCUCUCAAGCGAAUCUCAUUCGACAAUCGCUAAGCAUGUGAAAAAUGGUCUGCGUCAAAUCAAUGUCAAAUUUCAUUUUCAAUCAUCUUACGACAAUACGAUCAAUGGACUUCGAAUAAGAAGCCCAAAACAGGGAGAAGAUGGAUCAAUUUGGUAUCUGUACAUUACAAACAGCAAUGGCUCCUCAAAAUUCCGAGCAAUCGCCGAAAACAUAGAUCCCGAAACCGGAAAAGUGACUAGCAAAACAGACGAGAUCUACAGCUCUGGUGAAAACGAACAAUGCGUGACAACUCCUUUUGUUGGACCUGCUGGAUAUAUCAGAUGGAACAUUCAGCUUUUUGCCAGAUUAGAAAAUGCAGUCUCGAAUCUUCAAUCUGAGCUGAAGGAAACAAAAACAUUUAGCACAGUUUCAUUCUCAAAUUCGAACAGCUUAAAGGGUCUCGGGUUUUAUUUUGGCUAA